AUGUCUUCUCCCAGUAACCAAACAGGUAUCUUCAACUCGGGUCCAGCUCAGCCCGUCAGUCAACCUGUAGCAGUCUCGUCAAUUCAAGACUCUGCAACACUUUCUCCGAGCUCUGUUGCGGUCACGACUACAUCAUUACCUCAAUCAACAAUCAACGCUCCAUCGAGCUCCUCGCCAUUAACCUCAGCGGCAGAUGCAGGUACUGUUACCCAAAGUCAGUCAGUCGUCGUGGUUACUGCCGCUUCUACGAGCAUUGAGUCAAAUGCUGCGGGGUCCACCCUAGCACCGCAAACUGUCGUACGAACAUCAACAGCAUCUGGACAAAGAUUUCCUACAGACUCGGCGACCCGCACCGUCACAGCAUCGUCGUCAUCAACAAGUAAAUCAGGAUCCGCAGCUCUUGCAAGCUCGACUACCAAUCCUAGUCCUGGAGGGCUCUCUGCUGGCUCUAAGAUCGCUGUCGCUGUAGUGGUUCCUGUUGCCGCUGUCGCUAUAAUCGUCCUGCUUGCCAUAGUUUUCUGGCGUAAGAGAAAACAAAGGAAAGAGGCGGAAGACCUUCGCCGAAAAGAGGUCGAAGAAUAUGGAUUCAAUCCCAACAACGAUCCCACACUACCAGUCGUUGGUGGCGCUAGCAGCAAUGGAGAUGAGGGUGAGAUGACACAGAAAGACGGCUCGGGCUAUCGAGGUUGGGGUACAACGUCCACGGCACGAAAACCUUCAACAACACUGUCGAGUGGAAAUGGUCCCAUAGGUGUUGCAAGAUCUACUAGCGGUAGCGACACUGGCCGAUAUGCCAAUGGUUCACCCACAGGAGGGACAAACAAAAGCUCAGACGCACACUCUAAUGAUCCGCUUGUGGGCAAUUCGCCAAAUGGACGACCACUGACAGGAGACUCUGAGACUAUUGGUGCUCUUGGAGCAGUGCCAUCGAAUGACAACCGCCAGAACAACAUCAACCGUGGACCGUCGAAUGCGUCUUCCGCAUAUUCAAACGCUCACAGGUCGGACACCUCAGGCGAGGGAGGUAUACCUGGAGGUGCACCUGGGCAGCAAUAUUACAACGACGGUUUAUAUUAUGAUGAAGGAAUGCCGCAGCAUGGUCCGUAUGGAGACGGUAGCUACGGUGGUGCGCAACCAGUGAUUCGGGAUGUUCCAGCUCGAAGAAAUACACGGAUCGAGAAUCCUUCAGUCCUACCUCCCCAGGGAAGUGCCGGCAUCGCACAAAAUUUUUAG